AUGUUCGUUGACCAGCUGGAUCGUGAAGGACUGAUCAUGCUUGAUCAGUUUGAAGGAUUGCAACUAACGCCAUCCGAGAGCUCACAUUUGAUGGAUAUAUUUAACAAGGUGCCGCUGCCUGACGCCGACGCUCCAAGAAGUGAUCAACCUAUGGAUAGAAAGAUCUCUGAUUCUAGUUUUCAGAAAACUUAA